GCUCUGUAAAUCAACAGAGCAAUUCAUUGACUGACUUUACCUUGGAGCUGGGCGUGUUUGAUGUAAAACAGCAGGGAUGAACCAAAUGCUGCCCAACUUAUACACACCAGACCCAUAGCACAGAAGGCAUAGUUCAUUACAGAGUUGUUGAACUUAUCCCUGCCAUUUUCUGAAAGCUGGAAAAAAAGAGACAUUGAUCACAUAUGAGACCCUGAAAAAUGGAUGGCACUUAUGGGCAACGAGAUGAGGUGCUGAAAAAACAAGAUCAGUUUCAGAUGCUUCCGCCAAGCCUAAGGCGCAACGAUGAUUUGUAUCUACCGGAAGAAGAUAACAGCCUAUAUUUUACCUAUUCUGGAGCACCAAACGUCCUGGAGGUGAAAGAUUUAACUUACCAGGUUAAUUUAAAUGCCCAGAUCCCAUGGUAUGAGAAGUUAGCUGAAUUUAAAAUGCCUUGGGAAUGGAAUAAAGAUGGCCAGAUCUCUGCUAUGAAAAAUAUAAAUGUGAAAGUGACCAGUGGACAGAUGUUGGCUGUAAUAGGAAAUACAGGGUGUGGGAAGACAUCAUUACUUGACAUCAUUACAUGUAAGGAUGAAGGAGGAAAGAUUAAAUCUGGGCAGAUCCUAAUAAACGGAAAGGUCAGCACAAAGCACAGAGUAAAGAAAUGUGUGGCUCACGUACGGCAGGAUGAUCAGCUUCUACCUCACCUGACUGUGCGAGAAACAUUGACAUUCAUUGCCAAACUGCGCCUUCCAAAGUCAUAUUCAGAGGAGCAAAGGCGAAGGCAGGUAGAAGACGUCAUAGCUGAAUUAAGGCUUCGGCAGUGUGCAAACACUAAAGUCGGGAACACAUACACUAGAGGCGUUUCUGGUGGGGAACGCAGAAGAGUUAGCAUUGGGGUUCAGCUUCUUUGGAACCCAGGUAUCCUUAUACUUGAUGAGCCAACAUCUGGACUGGACAGCUUCACAGCACACAAUCUUGUGAUAACCCUGUCCAGGCUUGCCCGAGGGAAUCGACUGGUUCUCCUAUCAAUUCACCAGCCCCGUUCUGACAUAUUCCAGCUCUUUGAUUUAGUCCUCCUUCUGUCAUCUGGGGCCACUAUCUAUUCUGGGACCGCCAAAGACAUGGUUGAAUAUUUCUCCUCUAUUGGGUAUCCAUGUCCCAGAUACAGCAACCCUGCAGACUUUUAUGUUGAUUUGACCAGCAUUGAUCAGAGGAACAAAGAGCGAGAAACCGAAUCUUUGGAAAGGACAAGAUCCCUGGCUGAAAUUUUCUGGGAAAAAGUCAAGGACUCUGAUGACUUCCUAUGGAAACCUCCCGGAGAAGCAAAUAAAAAUAUCACACCUACUAACACUAGUAUCAACCUUCCUGUUUCUGCACAUGAAAAAGCAAUUAAAAUAAAGAACAGUGAUAUGGAUCAACUUCCUCGUGGCCUGCACCAAUUUUCUGUCUUACUCAGGCGGCACGUAUCCAAUGAUUUGCGGGACCUUAGCACGUUACUUAUCCAUGGCUUUGAGGCACUGGUAAUGGCACUGUUAAUUGGAUUUUUAUAUUACGGACAAGGAAAUAACCAGCUUUCCAUACAGGACUCAAUCGCACUCCUGUUCAUGAAAGGAUCAUUAACCCCCUUUGCUGUGGUUUUAGAUGUUGUUGCAAAAUGCCAUUCAGAACGAGCAAUGCUUUACCACGACCUGGAAGAUGGGCUUUACUCUGUCACACCAUACUUUUUUGCUAAGGUAAUUGGGGAACUUCCCGAACACUUCGCUUUUGUCAUUUUCUAUGGUGUUCCUAUCUACUGGCUGGCAAACCUCAACCCUCAUCCAGAAUGUUUCCUGCUGAAUUUCGCUUUGUUGUUGCUUAUUGUAUACUGCAGCCGGGCCAUGGCCCUGUGGAUGUCUGCUCUACUUCCCACACUCCAGAUGUCUUCCUUUCUCAGCAAUGCUAUAUUUACCUCGUCCUAUCUCACUGGUGGAUUUAUUAUCAGAUUGGAAAACCUAUGGACAGUUCCCUAUUGGAUCUCUUAUGUCUCUUUCCUUCGUUGGGGCUUUGAAGGACUAAUGCAGGUUCAGUUUACGGAUCUCAGCUACAAAGUGCCAGUUGGAAACAUCACCAUCACGAUCCCUGGAACAGCAAUUAUCUCGAACAUGGAAAUGGAUAGCCAUCCACUAUAUGCCAGUUACCUGGUUCUUAUUGGUAUAAUUGCUGGCUUUCUAGUGUUGUACUACCUCUCCCUAAGGUUUAUCAAACAAAAAUCACAUCAGGAAUGGUAACAUCCAACUCAUGGGCAGACCUUGGGUUUGAUGAAUGGAUGAGCGUGAAGUGGUACGGCGAAUAUCCAGCAGACCGCUUUCCAAUAUCCAAUUUCACCCUAAGAUAACUUUCAGUCUUGGCUUUAGAUUUCUGAUGAUCAAAGUGCAGAGACGGAGGUAGAUGACAAGGGUAUUGGCCGCCAUAAAAUUUCUCUUGGUCUUUUGGUCGAUUGCAAGUUACCAGCAGUGUUUAUUCUUUGCAUGUCACGAGUCCUAACUUUGGUAUAACGUCCCCUCUUAACUGUAUUUGGGACAUGCAAGCAGUAAAUAUUUUUUUAGGCAUAAUUGGCACAAGAAUGUUAAUAAUGUAUGGAUUAUUUUGACUGAUGUCCAAUGGCAACGUGUUGUCUCUCAGAAACAUGUCUUAUUGGUGGGUCCUAAGAUGGGAAAGCUAUUACUGCUCAAUGUCUAACUACUUAGCCCACUCCUAUCUGUACAGUCAACCAACCAAAAGUCAUAUAAGGUUGAAGACACAAAGAGCUACUUAGUAGCAGCUACUUUUCACGGCUACUAAACACCAAAAAAUCCCCUGCCAUAGACAA